AUGAAGGAGGAAAAAUACUUUCUGCCAGAGGAAGAUCCCACAGAUAUGAGAGACUGCAUACUGGAAAGAAAGAAACUUGAAUGUGAAGAAGCCUGCACUUCUGGCUUGGACCUUAGCAAACAACAGAGAAUUCAUAGGGAAGAAAAACCUUUGUUAUGUACUGAAUGUGGAAAAACUUUCUGGGGAAAUUCAGAUCUAAUUUGGCAUUGGAUAAUUCAUACUGGAGAGAAACCCUAUGAGUGCAGUGAAUGUGAGAAAGCCUUUACGAGGUCUUACUUUGUUACACAUCAGAAAAUUUAUACUGGAGAGAACCCCUAUCAGUGCAAAGAAUGUGGGAAAGUCUUCCGGCAGUGUUCACUCCUUAAUCAACAUCUGAGAAUCCACAAUGGUGAGAAACCCUAUGAAUGUAAGGAAUGUGGAAAACCAUUCAUCCGCCACACAGCUUUUCUCAAACAUCAGAGACUUCAUACUGGAGAGAAAGUUAAAGAAAGUGAGAAAACAUUCAGCAAGGAUGAGUUGUUUAGAGAAGAGCAAAGAAUUCAUCAAGAAGAGAAAGCUUAUCAGUGUGGUAGAACUUUCCAAGGCAGCUCAGACCUCAUCACUCAUCAUUUAACUCAUAUGGGAGAGAAACCAUACGAAUGUAAAGAAUGUGGGGAAACUUUCCAUCAGGGCUCAGACCUUAUGAAACAUCAUAGAAUUAACAGUGGAGAAAAACUUACAUUCAGCUCGGAUCUUAUUAAACACUAUUGUGUUCAUACUGGAGAGAAAUCCUAUGGGUGCCUUGAUUGUGGGAAGGCCUUCAAUCAGAACUCGCACUUAUUUAGUCACCAGAGAAUUCACACUGGAGAGAAACUCUUUGAAUGUCGCAGAUGUGGGAAGGCCUUCAGUGAGCAUACAGCUCUUAAACAUCAGAAACUUCACACUGGAAAGGAACCUGGGGAAUGAGAGAGAAUCUUCAAGCAGGACUUAUUCUAGUAGGUAACAGAAACCUAAUGAAUGUAGAAAAAACCUGGUAGAGACCAUAUCUUAUUGCACUAUAGAGGAUUUUUAUUAAUGAAAACCAUUUGAAGAAAGGAAAACAUUAGAAGAAUCCUACUAGAUGGAAAACAUAUAAGUGUGAUCAGAUGGUAAGUUCUUGGACAUAAUAGCCUUUUCUGCCUCAGAAUUGACACUGGAGUAUGGUCCCCAGGAUGUAAUUGCUUCAGAAUGUCUUAGGAAACUUCUAUCAUUAUUAAAACCAGUAGAAAUUACUUUAGCAACAACCUUAAAACUAAAUUCUUCAUGAAAGGAGCCAUUUGAAAACUAACCUUUUCAUUUCAUCCCUGAUAGAGCUUGUACUAUAUUGAAUGUAUUUGACUUUUGAAAGCAGAGGGAGAUUUUUGUUACAGUAUGGAAAUGCUUUCAACUGUAAAUGUUAAAAUGAAAUAAAUGCACGAAAUAAUUAUUGAGUGCCUAAUAUGUGCCGAGGGCCAUAGUUUGAUAGGGCUAGAGAAAUACAGUUCUUCCAGGAGCUUACAAUGCAGUGGCGGCUGAGGGAGGGCAAGAAUUAAUCUGCAGAUAAGUGGACAAUUUAUGAAAUGAAGAUCCAUCCAAAGCUUUAGUGGAAUUGAACGUAGUCGUGUCCAGUUUGUACACCUGUACCUGUUAGAGAGCAGCCUGCACUGGAACGUUGAAAAAAAGAACCUAAAGGAUAAAAGUCUGCCUUCAUGAGACCUUAAACAGCUAAAGUCCUAAACUCCAGGAGGACCAAGGCAGAGACAUUAUCAAGUCUCUUUAAGGAACAGGUGUGACUGGGAAGUGGAUUAAGAGCGGUUUCUCUAUUUAAAUAUUUCAUUAGGAAACAAGAUUCUUGGGGAGAAAGCAUGUGAAUAUAGUAAAGGAAGGGAAUGUUACCCAAUAAUCUGCAGUUUAGUCCGUUUUUCUCAAUUUUUGAUGUCCUUAGAGUGAGGCCAACGUCAUCACCUCUUGCUUGUGUUAUUUCUAAUAUGCCUCCUGCUUCCAUUUUUCUACAGAGCAACCCGAAUGUCCUUUCUUUAGAACAAAUCUGGUAGUGCCACCCAUCUCUAAACUUCUGCAGUGCUUUCCCACUAACCUGAGCCUGAAGCCCAGUCCUUAAAGUGACACACAUGUUCUGAUAUGGCUCCAUUCGUCCACUCAUUUAGUAAAUAUUUAUUGAGCUUCAAUACGUGUCAGGCACCGGGGGGUACAAAGAGGGGUGAGCAGAAAUAGACAACCGUCUCGACCCUGGUGGAUCAGAGGUGAGAUUCAUUAGAAUCAUAAGUAAAUUAACACCAUGGUAAGUGCCACAAAGGAGAGGCAAGAUACUGCAGGGGAUCUGACCUAGUUGGGGAGGAUUUUCUGCAACGUGCUUACCUUCCUACAUCCAAUAUUUACCUCUGAACUAUCUGCAGUUCCCCAAGGACCUGGGCCCUGCCCUCUUACCUGUGGCCCUUCCACAGCUGUUCGCUCUGCCAGGAAAGCUCCCUCCCUCCUUAACUCACUCUAGUCUUUUCUUAGCAUUUCCUAUGUGCUGCUGGGUACUGUGAUAAAGACUUAACUCCAAUUUUCUCUUGCGUUCUUUGCCUUGGUCUUAAUCGGUGAAAACGACUGUUUUUCUAAACAGGAAACUAAGGUCAGGAAGGCGAAAUAACUGUCAGCUCUGUGCCCAGAGAUGGUGCGGAAUGCUGCCAGGCACCAGGCACUGCCAGUCCCCGCACAAGGCAAUCUCCCUCAGGACAGAGCGCAGGGGAGUGAAGGGUACCAGGGCUUGCUGCAUCUUGAAAGGUGUUUAUGAGGACUCAGAAACUAGUUAUGAGGAACUUCUUUAAAAAUAUAAUUUUAUUCAUUUCAGGGAGGAAGGGAGAGA